GUGCGGCCUUCGAAGUCCUCGCGAGCAUCAUGUCCGCCGCACUUCAGCCCGCGGUCGCGGCGCUGCGCGCACGGAGUCAUAGAGCCUCCCAUCCCCGCCACGUUCGCGCGAGUGCUUCGCGAAUCGCGUCUCGGCGCCCCGCGUCAAUUUCUUGCGCGGCGACCGCCGGGGACGCCGUCAAGGACAAACGCGUCCCCGUGACCAUCCUCACCGGGUUCUUAGGGUCCGGCAAGACGACGCUGCUCAACCACAUAUUGCAAGGUGAUCACGGCAAGCGCAUCGUCGUCAUCGAGAACGAGUUCGGCGAGAUCGACAUCGACAGCGACCUGGUCACGUUCAAAGACAGCGGCGAGGAGGAUAUAAUUCUCCUGAACAACGGAUGUCUGUGCUGCACCGUGCGCGGGGACCUCGUGGACAUGCUCGGCCGCCUCGUGAAGGACAAAAAGGGCGAGUUCGACCACAUCCUCAUCGAGACCACGGGUCUGGCUAACCCCGCGCCGAUCAUCCAGACGUUUUACCUCGAGCCCGAGCUCUUAGAUACGCUUCGCCUGGACGGCGUCGUGACGCUCGUGGACGCGAAGCACGCGACGAUGCACCUGGACGAGGUGAAGCCGGAGGGCGUCGUCAACGAAGCGCUCGAGCAAGUCGCGUUCGCGGAUCGGCUCGUCGUGAACAAGACGGAUCUCGUGAACGAGUCCGAGCUCCGGACUAUCGAGAACCGCGUCCGCACCAUCAACCAGCUCGCGUCCAUCCAGAGGGCGGAAAAAGCCAACGUCGACCUGGACUUCGUCCUCGGCGUCGGCGGCUUCGACCUCGAUCGCGUGCAGGACGUCGUGGAGGAGCCGAGUCACUCGCACAGUCACGGGCACGAGGAUAGUCACGGGCACAGUCACGCGGGCGAGGAAGAGACGUGCGACAAGCCGGAUUGCGACGAUCCGACGCACUCGCACUCGCACUCGCACUCGCACGGCGGCGACGCGAAGGCGGAGGCUGACGCGGAGUGCGAGGUGUGCGGCGAACACGGUCACAGCCACAGCCAUCACACCCACGACGACAGCGUCACGAGCGUGAGCCUGACUAUGGACGGCGAGGUCGACCUCGAUCUCGUCAAUGACUGGCUCGGCAUGCUUCUUAACGAUCGCUGGCAGGACCUCUUCCGGAUGAAAGGCGUCCUCGCCAUCGAGGGCUGCGACGACCGGUACGUCUUCCAAGGCGUGCACGCGCUCUUCGAGGGCAUGCCGGAUCGACUCUGGGAGGACGGCGAGCCUAGAAAUUCUAAGCUCGUCUUCAUCGGGAAGGAACUCGACCGCGAGGAGCUCAAGGCUGGGUUCGAGGCGUGCAAGGUCGGGGUCAGUGCGGUGAAUGCUUGAGCGCGGCUAGUUGUUUUUUUUUCUUUUCUCCUCGAAUCAGCAGAGUGUUAAAUUCU